AUGAAAACAAUUACUAUCGCAUCCGUUCUUUGCCUUUUGGCUCACACCGUCUCCGGUGCUGCCAUUCCAUUGGACAUUGAAGAGCGUCAAAUACAGCCAAUCAGUACCGUUACUGGCCCAGCUGGGACUUCUUACAUCUACGCUCUGGCCUCCCCAAUCCCAGAUAAUAUCGCCUCUCAGCUAGCCGCUGCCGUCUCAGCUGUCCCGACUUCGACCACUGUUACCCUGCCAGAUGGCGGUGUUCAGAGCACUUCUGUUGUAGGGGAAGUUCCUGUAGCUUCUUCUCCAGCUCCAGCUCCAGGAGCUUAUACCCCUGGUUAUCGUAACAUCGGUUAUUAUGGUACUUGGUACAUUUUCGACCGAAAAUUCGUGCCAUCUGACAUAAUUACGUCUCAGUGGACUCAUAUUAUGGCUGGGUUUUGGGACGUUGGUGCGAAUGGACAAAUCGCCCCCAAAGAUCCUUGGAGUGAUAUUCAGUCAAUAAAACUCCCCAACCCUAGCACUGUAAAGGGCGCUCUGAACGGUGUAUUUGAGCAGAUGUUCCGAUUGAAGAAUGAAAACAGGAAUCUCAAAGUUAUGCUCUCUGUUGGCGGAUGGUUAGCCACAUCAGAAGGACAAUGGGGAGCUUCACUUGCUACACCAGAACAGCGAAACACUUUUGCGAAGUCUGCAGCCCGCGCUGUUAUGGAUCUUGGGUUAGAUGGUAUUGAUCUCGACUGGGAGUACCCACGAAAUGAUGUCGAGACUGCCGCACAUGUCGACACCCUAAGACUCUUGAGACAAGAGCUGGACGCUGCGGGUAAUAUUCUUGGUGUUAAUAGGCAUCUUUUGCUCUCUAUGGCAGCUCCUAUUGGUGCCCAUUUCAUCAAAACGAUCAAUAUCCCUGAAGCUAACAAGUACGUCGACUUCUUCAACCUCAUGGUUUACGAUAUGGGAGGUGCUGGGUUCUCAAAGGUUUCUACUCAUGCUGCAAAUUUCUUCAUGGCUACCGAUGGAUCUACGGAGUUUUGCUUCGUCGACGGCUUUGAAAUGUACCUUGCCGCCGGAGUUCCAGCUAGUAAACUCAAUGUUCUCGACCCGAUAUAUGGUCAUUCUUUCGCUGGGACUGAUGGCCCCGGAACGCCAUUUACUGGACCUGGUGUGGGCUCGUGGGGUGAACUCGGUACUCCAGACUAUAACCAGAUUCUUCAAGGUGGUGACAAUGUAGUUUUCGAGGACGAAAAGAUCAUGGCUUCGUGGACCUACAACAAACAAACCCGCCAAAUGAUUUCAUUUGAUACCCCUAGAAUCAUUGAGCUUAAGACUCAGUAUCUUCUUACCCGUGGCGUUGGAGGAAUUGGAUUCUUUGCAAUUAAUGCUGAUAAGUGGACUGUCUCGGAGAAUCUUGUUAACACUGCUCUCGAGGUCUUGGGCGGUACAUCUACUUUGGAACAAGCUGAGAACCAUAUCAUCUACAAAGAUUCUCAGUAUCCUAAUGUUAGAGUCUAUGAUGGUGUCAAGGUUGUUCCGGGUAAGACUCUUGUUGGAGCUGCGACUGAUCGAUCCCCUAGUUAUGAUUAG